GGGUCCCUCUUUCUCUUUCUGUUUGAUUCCGUCAUUGAUGCGGGAGCCUGAGGCUCGGGGAGCUUUUGUUCUUCAGAGUUCUCCAUCAACGGGAACUUACCUCUGGAUCCAACAAAAAAAAAAGAGAAAAGGGCACUUACAUCUGGGAGAAAGAAAACGUUCGAAAGAAGAUGCCAGACUUUCAGUUGGAAUCUCACACAUUAAAAUCUCAUGGAGUCAAAGUGGCUAAAGUGCACAAAUAUGAUUGGUUAAUUCUUCUGCUUCUUGCUGCGGUUGAUAUAACUUUGAAUGUUAUAGAGCCUUUCCACCGUUUUGUUGGCGAGGAAAUGAUGACUGAUCUGAAAUACCCUUUUCAUAAGGACACCAUACCUUUUUGGGCUGUUCCAAUUUACGCAGUAAUCUUGCCUCUUGUCAUCUUUCUCCUGUACUAUUUUUGCAGAAAGGAUGUUUAUGAUUUGCACCAUGCCAUAUUGGGUCUUUUCUAUUCUGUUCUUAUAACUCUUGUUAUAACCGAUUCAAUCAAAGAUGCUGUUGGUCGCCCCCGUCCAAACUUCUUCUGGCGGUGUUUCCCUGAUGGAAUAGGUGAAUUUGAUCCUGUCAGUGGCAAUGCUAUGUGUAAUGGAGAUAAGAAAGUUAUCAAGGAAGGACAUAAAAGCUUUCCUAGUGGGCAUACUUCAAUUUCAUUUGCAGGUCUUGGUUUCCUUGCAUGGUAUUUGUCAGGGAAAAUUAAAGUGUUUGAUCGUAGGGGCCAUUCUGCAAAGCUCUGCAUAGCAUUUCUUCCGUUACUCUGCGCUGCUCUUGUGGGAAUCUCUCGUGUGGAUGACUACUGGCAUCAUUGGCAAGACGUCUUUGCUGGAGGUCUUAUAGGAAUUACCAUAGCUUCAAUUUGUUACUUGCAGUCCUUCCCUCUUCCAAACCAGCACGAUGGGUGGGCACCUCAUGCAUAUUUUUCCAUGCUGGCUGCAGAGAGGAAUGGUGGCCAAUCCAUGUCCCCGGCCACAAGGGCUAAUUCUCUUCGUAUGCGGAGAACAGAUAUGGACAGUCCAGAUUUCACUCCACGAGAUACCAGUCCACCACCCCACCAAUUACUGGAAGAAAUGGAAACUGGGAGAAGAUACUGAUUUUGCAGUUGUAUAUAUCAAAUAGAAAUAAUGACUUACUUCAGGAAGAUACUUUGUAGAUGCAGAACUUCAUUUGAUGACUGUAGCUCCCAACUUCAUUCUUUAUUCAAUGAAAUUUUUUCCAUGUCUUGCUUUCCAA